GGACCCGGAGGGCUGGGGCAGGAGCCCACGUAGGGCAGGGAGGCGGUGAAAUCGGUAUCAGCUACGGCAGCCGGAGUAGCACUGGGGGCUUCAGGUGGUGGGAACCCCGGCCAUGGAACAUAUUACAGUGCCCAAGAGUCUAUGAGAAAACGCAUUCUGUGUGGUCUUUCUUGGUUCAGAGGAAACCAGACUUCAGUAACCCUCUGUAUAAAGGCAUCACUAUGUAUGGGGUGCUCAGUCCCAGUACUGUGCCGUACAACAUUCAGUGAUGCUGCAGAAUGAUCUUCAUAGCCAGCUCAGCUCACUGGCUAGUGACCCAAGCCAGGCAGAUCUACCCUCUGAGCUCCCAAACCAGAUAGCACCACUGGCUCAGCUCUGCAGUAGGCCGAGAUACUGGCUGAGGUCUCUUCUUGAGCACUGCUGUUCUGGUGUGGAAUGUAUAACCGCUUUGACAAGGGCUCCAGCCCAAGCAAAAUAUGCUAGAAAGCCUCCUGAAAAUUAAGAAGCAGAGUGCAAGUCUGGACAUAGAUGUGCACAAAUUAGAAAAGUGUAUCACAUUGAUUGAUUUAUGGAUAUUGAACCAUCCUUGUAUCCCUGGGAGAAAUCCUACUUGAUUGUGAUGAGGAACCUGAAUCCCAAAGAGGGGAAGAGACUUGCCCAAGAUCUGACAUGUCCUGCUCAUAAUGAGAAUAUUUCUGCUCCAAUCAGCCAAGAUGAACCUCAUGGACAUCACCAAGAUAUUUUCCCUCCUGCAGCCUGACAAGGAGGAGGAGGACACCGACAUGGGGGAGAAGCAGGCUCUCAAUCAAGCAGUAUACAAUAACGACUCCUAUACUUUGGAUCAGCUUUUGCACCAGGAGCGUUACAAAUGUUUCAUCAACAGUAGGAGUGGCUGGGGCAUUCCUGGGACACCAUUGCGCUUGGCUGCUUCUUGUGGCCACCUUAGCUGUUUGCAGGUCCUCCUGGCACAUGGUGCUGAUGUUGACAGCUUGGAUGUCAAAGCACAGACACCACUUUUUACCGCUGUCAGUCACGGCCAUCUGGACUGCGUGCGUGUGCUUUUGGAAGCUGGAGCCAGUCCUGGGGGUAGUAUCUACAACAACUGCUCUCCUGUGCUUACAGCUGCCCGUGAUGGUGCUGUUCCCAUUCUGCAGGAGCUCCUGGGCCAUGGUGCAGAGGUCAAUGUCAAAGCUAAACUACCAGUCUGGGCAUCAAACAUAGCUUCAUGUUCUGGCCCCCUCUAUUUGGCUGCAGUCUAUGGACACCUUGACUGUUUCCGCCUGCUUUUGCUCCAUGGGGCAGACCCUGACUACAACUGCACUGACCAGUGCCUACUGGCUCGAGUCCCACAGCCCCGCACCCUCCUUGAAAUAUGCCUUCACCAUAAUUGUGAGCCAGAGUAUAUCCAGCUGUUAAUUGAUUUUGGUGCUGACAUCUACCUUCCAUCUCUCUGCCUGAACCUGAACUCAAAAGAUGACAGAGGCACUGAAUUGCUGCUACAAGCCCGAGCCACUCCACGUUCACUACUAUCACAGGCCCGUUUAGUUAUACGCAGAGCCCUGCAUCAGGCCAGUCAACCACAAGCCAUUGACCAGCUGGAUAUUCCUCCUGUGUUGAUUAGCUACCUAAAACACCAACUGUAAUCUCGCAGCCUCCCCAGAAAACCCAUGAUGCCUCCAAACACCACCUGGGGACCCAGGUAGGUGGAGGGCACUAGCUCCACUCAGUCACCUGGAGCUGUAUUAUCCUCCAUAAUAAAAUAUUGAACAAAAUAAAUCCUGGUGGCCACUGUG